AUGGACGUUAGACCUUAUGAGGGAGGACGAUUUGAACCUCAACGACAAGUGUCUUCCAAACAAUACACCGAACGAAGAACCUACGGACGUGAUGAAAAUGGAGAGAUUGUGGUAAAAAUUGAGAAGAAUCCUGCCGAACCAGUCCGUCCUGCAUCUCCAGUACGACCAGUGACACCAGUUGGAGAAGAGCAUUCCCUUAGCCGGCACUUGUUGCAACCUAUUCAACCGCUCCAUAUCCCACGCAUCGACAUUCAACCGGCCAACUCGUCGAGACACGCAUCGCCAAGACAUAAAAUGCAAUAUGAUGAAGUCUCCCCAAGAUCCGGCUCAAUCAACAUGUUAUCUCCAAGAUCCGGAGCCUCGUCUAGAUCCGGAGCUGGAUCUAGACAAAGUAACGUCUCUGUCAAUUCACAGAACCUUCCGAUGAAAAAGGUGACCAAAAAAUCCAGAUGGGUGUCGAUUCAUGACGGACGUCCGGUAUCUCCUUACACCGAAAAGGUCUCCUUUGAAGUUGCUAUCCCAGUUCAGCCAGAUAGAUACUCCAGCGCCUCGGCUCGCUCCUACAACAGCUCUCCACUCGUUUCACGCCGUCCAAGUGAGUGCGCCUAUUUGAUGGAAAACCCGCUCUACCAGGAUUGA